AUGAGCAACGCCACUUGUAAUACCAAUAUCUUCACACCUCCAGAAUUCCUCAGCACAUUUGUCCAUAUUCUGACCAUAUUUUCAACGCCAGGACAUAUUCUUGGGGUAUACUGUAUUCUGUACAAGACUCCGGAAUCUAUGAAAACUGUAAAAUUGAGCUUAUUGAAUUUGCAUUUAUGGACAAUUCUAUUGGAUUAUUCAUUGAGUUUAUUUGUGAUUCCAUUUAUUUGGUGGCCAACGAUGGGAGGGAUUACAUUGGGAAUUUUGGGGAAGAUUGGAAUCAGUACGGCAAUUCAGUUUUAUUGGAUGCUCACUUUGAUGGCUUUAACCUCAAUUGCAAUUCUCUGGAUGUUUGAGUAUCGCUUUAAUGUUCUAUUCAUCAAACCCCAAAAUCUCUGGUCCAAAAUCAGAAAGCCAUGGCUAUCUCUCCAUUAUCUGUAUGCCAUUUUCUAUAUGAUUCCACCAUUUUUCGAUCCAGGAAACCAAUUGGAAAUUCUACAAGAAUCCCAUCGUCGGAAUCCUUGUAUUCCAUUAAAAUUGGUGGAAAAUUUUGAGUUUUUUAUUCUAAGUCUCAAUUGGACAUAUUCAAUCACUGUUAUUGGGAUUAUCGUGGCCGAUGUUUGUCUUGGAAUUUUAUUUUUUACAUUUCAAAUUUAUUGGAAAAUUUUGAAGCAAGUCAAGAGGAAAAGUAUGUCAAAACGUACCUUCAAUCUUCAAAAAUCUCUUCUUUUUGCACUUUUUAUACAAGUUAUGAUUCCAUUGAACCUAUUUUUGAUACCAAUUCUCUAUGCUGGCUACGCGGUUGUAUUUAAUUAUUCAAAUCAAGGAAUCAAUAAUUUAGCAAUGGCGACUGGAUCAACUCAUGGAUUGUGCUCUACUGUAACCAUGCUCUUGAUACAUUCUCCGUAUCGGAAAGCAAUUUUUGGAAUUUUCGAGAAACCUAAAAAAGUUAUGACCGGUCCAUCUUCUAAUGUUUCUGUUAUCAAGUUUUGA